CGCCAGCUGCUCACCCGCGGCUGCGCUGUUCACACUGCCAGCAUCCGCGACAACAAAUAUCCGCCGAGCAGACCCACGAAAAUCGGACACAUCACCGAGAUCUUGAGCGAGAUCUUGCUGACGUGCGACCAGAUGCAGAGCCCCGCCUUCGCGUACCGGGAGAACGCAGAUCACUCGCCGCGCGCCAUGUACAUGCGCGACUGGCGGUCGGCCCUGCGGACGCCCACGUACCGGAUUGGGAAUCGGACGGUUCGCUUCAACUACCACUUUGCCCUGCUCAUCGCCUGUGCCGUCGUUCUGGCGCUACUCUUCUACUUUGCGCGCCAGGGAUCGCACUCCUCCUCGGAUGGCUACUGGAUGCGCAGGAGCUUCAGCGAGGCCCCUGUGGCCCACGGCUACAAUGCCACAUAUCCCCUCACGCCGCCCAUGGUGCUGCGUGGCGGGGUCAUCAACUACCGGAUAGCCAUGAUCGCCGACCUGGACACCAACUCCAGGGUGACCAAGAGCGACGGCAGCUCCACGUGGCGCAGCUACCUGAAGAAGGGCUACCUCACCUACACGAUGGCCAGGGCGGAGAUCCAGAUCAGCUGGGAUGAUGGAGCGCCCACGGUCCUCGAAUCUGCCUUCGCGCUGAAGGGCCGCGGCAUGGAGCUCUCCGAACUGGUCACCUUCAACGGGCGACUGCUCAGCUUCGAUGAUCGCACGGGUCUGAUAUACGAGAUAGUCAACGACAAGCCCAUUCCCUGGGUGAUCCUGCUCGAUGGCGACGGGCACAGUGCCAAGGGCUACAAGUCCGAGUGGGCGACGGUGAAGCAGCAAACACUGUAUGUCGGUUCCAUGGGCAAGGAGUGGACAACGAGUGCGGGCGACUUUGAGAACAACAAUCCCAUGUACGUAAAGGCCAUCAGCCCUUCUGGGGAGGUGCGUUCGCUCAGCUGGGUGGACAACUUCAAGCAGCUGCGCCUGCAGUCGCAGCAGAUCUCCUGGCCGGGCUACAUGAUCCACGAGAGCGGCUGCUGGUCGGAGGAGAAGCAGCGCUGGUUCUUCCUGCCCAGGCGCUGCUCUAAAGAGAAAUACAACGAAACCAAGGACGAGCACAUGGGCUGCAAUGUCCUGGUCUCCGCCGACGAAAGCUUCUCGAACAUCGAGACCGUGCACCUUGAUCCUGAGAACACCACGCCCACGCACGGCUUCUCGAGCUUCAAGUUCCUGCCCGGCACCGAUGACUCUAUUAUUGUGGCCUUGAAGUCCGAGGAGCUCAAUGGCAAGACGGCCACCUUCAUCACAGCCUUCGACAUUGCGGGCAAGACGCUGCUACCCGAAAUGCGGAUCGAAACCGAAUACAAGUACGAGGGAUUCGAGUUCAUUUAGCUCGGCAUUUUACUUCGAUCCAGGUGCUCCAGUUUUAAGCGUGUACAUAGUGUAUUAAUGUCCCCUACGGUAAGCUUUAUAUUUAUAGUCAGCUAGGU